AGUUGCACUCCCUUUUUUGCAAAUUUCCUUCUAUGUGCUGUUGCUUGGCUCACUAACAGCCGUGCUCUCUGCACUGUAUCAGAUAUGUCUUUUUACAAUGCAUCUCUACAGUGCAACUACGGGAGCAAUCAUUAGCUUUCUGUCACAACUGGCAAGAUACUUUUUGUUGGAGUUUUCUUGAUGAUCUGCUUUUUGAGACUUCCUAUUGUUCCUCAUAUUGCCAAUCCGGAGACAAACAAGAAACAGUAUCAGAACAGAGAAUGAAGAAAAUCCAGCCUUUUACCAUUGGGACCAAGCUGUCUGUCCCUAUUGGGGCUAAGUGCCAGGACUAUGUGGACAACAUCUUUCCUGCCGCAGUUCUGGAUGGCUGCAUGUUGAAGAGCAAUCGGAAAGACAAAAUGUCCUUUUCUCAUGACCAGAAACAGCCCACAAAACACGAUCCUACACCAAUGGAGGACUGUCCUGAAGAAGAAAAGGGCUUUCUGCAUCCAUCAGCUUCCUCAAGGUCCAUCAGAAAAAUUGCUAUGUGUGGAAGCACUGAGACAGAGGGUGAAUUUGGAGUUGUAGACCCUUGCAUUACUACUUAUGAGCCUAACCAGAGACACAACUCAAGUGAAAAACCUCUUGAGGGGAGAUUUGUUGACAAGUCCCUUCCACAUUCAGAGUCAGAACCAUGGAGGGAGAGGAAGAUGAAGAAUCUUCAAUAUGACAAUGGCAUCCCAGCAUUCCCUCUAGAACACCCUGAGGAUGUGUCUGCCAGCCAGCAGCAAGACCUCAAGGACUUUGAGAACUCACUCAUCCAAUUGACAACAUAUCUUGACUUGAAGAAGGAUGAGCCAGAAGGGAGUGCCCUGAAGAAGCCCAAUACAACAGGUUUGGGUGUGGAGAUACUUGGGAGGAGGCUCAGCAUUGGAGAGCACAUUGACAAACUGUGGCUGAAAUUCAGGUCUCUCCUGCAAGACUUUCAGCAAGAUCUCAUGCUGGCGCUGGAUGUAUCUUCAUUUUACCAGCAAGCAGACCAGAGGAGCAGCCUUCAUGUAGCAAAUGUCCAAGGCAGCAUUAAAGAGAAUGAGGGCAGAGAGAUAGCUAGCCAAAUCAAGAUGCUCAACGAGUCUGCGGCUCAGCUGUCAAACCUCCACCCAACCUUGGCCAGCCAAGUGACAUGCAAACAGGCAGAAGUGAAAGAGAGCUGGGCACUUCUCCAGGAUGCUCUCCGAAACCAGAUAGCAGAUGUUCCUGUCAAACCUCCUGCCAUUUUACCCAAAGGACAUGUUGGUUCUCAAACCACAUCCACUGAGUCAAAGUACUUAGCCCAACUUGAGCUUCCUGGUGUAAUGGGAAAAGAUGUUAAAGAGGAACAAAAUCACCUGCGAGAAUCUGAGUGCUGUCAGGAUCCAUGGAUUUAUAGAAUGUUAAGUCCAACUGAAGAGUGCUGUUCAAUGAGUCGAACCUCACUUUCUGAAGGCAGCUGCUGUAAAGUAGAUAACACCAAUGAAAAGCAGAUCAUGGGCUCAGAAAGUAAGGACCAACAGGCUCUCUCAGACAGCUUCAUCCACCAAAAGCCUCUCAAACUUUACGAGCUGUUAGCAGAUUCCACAGCAUCAGUUGAUCAGCUUACUUGUUCUUGGUUAAAAGACAACACGUCUAUGCAAAGUGGUGUGGACAGGGGUUACUUGAAGCAAUCCCAGGAACACGCGAGUACUAAGAUUGAAGUGCUUUGGGAAGGUCUGAGGAAGAGAUAUGGGCAUGGGGCAGAGGUGGAACCAGCUGAAAAAGAAUUUCUUCUGACAGAUGAUGUGGCUGAACGGGCAGUUCUAAAACUCCCUCACUCUAGCUGCCCUCCAGAGAAUGUGGAUGUGUACAGUUCUGGAAUGCUUGCAAAGUUCCUACAACUUUUGGAUCACAAGGCAAUUCAUGAGAUGCAUAAAGACAUUCCAGCUCUUCAGAAUGGCUCCACUGUUUCUGAAUGUAAUGAGGCUUUACCGUAUGUACCUGGCAGUCCAAAUGUGAGAGGAUGGUUCUUCAACCAUGACCAAACAAAAGAGGAGUUACUGAACAUGCAGCUGUCUACAUUAACUCUGCGCAUAAACCAACAUCUUUCCCGUUGUGCUGAGCUUAGCAUGGAUAUGUUGGACAUGGAAACUGACAUGACCAUGCUGUGUGACCCUGAGCUUAUUGGACUGGAUGGACUACUGGAAGAGCAGGAUGAUUUGGAAGCUACUACAAAAGACGUAAAAUGUGUCCUUGUCAGGUCGACUAUCACCUUAUUGAAGGAGAGGUGGAGGGUAUGGAGAUCCUAGUAAAGCAUCUACAAGUUCCUCUAACAGAGCAGAGUAACCUCACAGAAGAGGUCCAGUCAGUCCAACAAGCCUGGGAGGAAGCUGGUCACAACCUGGCAGAGAACAGAGAGCAUCUGGAAAAA